UUAUCUCCUUCUCCAAAGGAUGCUGAAUAUGCGUACUUCAAUGUCCCUGAACUUCUCACCCUGAGAACUGCUUUAAUUCUGCACCUUCAGAAGAAUACCACCGUGGAUGUUUGGACUGACUAUUCUAGAUGCUUGUCAGAAGAGUGGAAUAAUGUCUUGGGUCAGAGUUGCCCAUAUUUCUUGAUUAUUGCUGACGAAGGCUUGAACAACGAGCAGACACACCUUUUCAACUUCGUAGUCAUUCAGUCUUGGGCAGUGAAGGUCAACAUUGUGCUCUUUUCAGGGCAGAGAUCUGACAUCCUCCGUCUUUAUGCAUAUUUUAUGCAAAGCUCACAUUCAAAGCAGAUGUUUUUCAAGAUGUUUAAGAAGGAGAUUAUGAUUGCUUAUAAAACCCUGAUUCGACAGUUGGAAAAAUAUAGAGACCGGGAUUUAACAACUCUGUUUGGAGAUUUAAAAUUCAAUAAUAUGGUGGAAAAGGCUUGUGAGACUCUAUCUCUGCUUAAGCAGCUCUGGCCAGAAGGAUCUGACAUCCGACGAGUCCUCUCUGUCACUUCGUGCUCCCUCUCCUUGGAAAUGUACCACCGUUUUUUAGAAAACAGAGAGAAGAAAGCAUCCAAGCAGACAGGCGAAGGCAAACAGGAAAAGGGUAAUUGUUUAACCCUGAAGGACAUGGAAGACCUUUGUAAGCUACAUUGCCUCUCUGUGGCUUUUCAACUCCAUCUACCUCUUUCCCAGCGAGCUCGCUCAAGAUUCAUCACUUCUGGUUGGAUUCAGGACCUCAAGACUGUCUUUAAAAUGAAAAAAUGGUGCGAAUAUUUCAUCCUAAGCAAUGUACAUAUGUUUGAAUUUGAGAGUCUGAAUUUGCUUCACCUUUCUGAUUUAAGUGAUAAGCCUUUGUUGAAGAAUAUUGCUUUUUACUAUGAAAAUGAAAAUGCAAAAGGCCUGGAUUUGGAUGUAGGAGAUGUCAUCAUGAAGGAAUAUGUACAUCUCUGGGACACUGUGUCGAAGUUGGUCAGAAACUUUGAUGUGGGAAAACCAUUUCCUUUAAGAACAACCAAAUGUCAUUUUCUUAAAAAGACCCCAUCGCCAGUUAAAGAAAGUUCCCAGGAAAAGAUGCCAAAUUUGGGUUUUAUUCCAAUGUCAUGUAAUUUGGUUGAUGAAUUUGCUGGAGACAUUUUGAAAGACUUGCCUUUCCUAAAGUGUGAUGACCCCGUUGUCACCUCACUGGUUAAGCAAAAGGAGUUUGAUGAACUUGUGCACUGGCAUUCCCACCGACCCCUCAGUGAUGAUUAUGACAGGACAAAGGCCAAUUUUGAUGAGCAUUCAAAAGACCCCCAUCAACUUAGAAGUUUGCAGAAGUAUCAUGUCUUUCAAAGAUUUUAUGGGAAUUCGUUAGAAUCAGUCUCUUCCAAGAUCAUCACAACUCAAGGUGUUAAGCCAAAGAAGGACUGUAGUAAGUCCAGGGGCUCGAAGGCACAUGAGUCCAAGGCUGACAUCAUUGCUAGAGAGAAUAAGAAGAGGUUAAUUGCCAAGGAAGAACAAAAAGAAGAAGAAAAAUGGAAUACCCUGUCAUUUUCUAUUGAGAAGGAGAUGAAAAGGAACUUAAACUCUGGGAUGAAGAAGCUGGAGGAGUUUUUGAAAUCAUGUAAAAGUAAUUCAGUGAAAGCUCAGGCUGAAAAAGUUGGGUUAAUGGCUGGCUUGAAGGCAUGGAAGGAUCACUGCCGAGCUGAAGGUAAAACCACCAAAGACUUAAGCAUAGCUGUUGAUAUGAUGAAGAGAAUCCAUUCCUUAUUGGACAAAUACUCUGAACUCCUGCAAGAACCAGACCGGAAGCUCAUAGCCAGAUGUCUUAUGUACUUAGGGUUUGAGGACCUAGCAAAUUCUUUGUAUCCAACCCAGCACUCCAUCCCCAAGGCUCAGAAAAAUCAAAAUGGAAAAAGACUGAUCUCUGUGGGUAGCAUAGGGCUUGUUUGAUUGACACAAAUCAUGAUCUGACCCCUGCAGCGAGAGCUCCUGGAUGUGGUGGAUAACUAUGAGUCUGCAGUGAUUGUUGCCCCAACGUCCUCUGGUAAGACCUACGCUUCCUACUACUGCAUGGAGAAGGUGCUGAAGGAGAGCGAUGACGGCGUGGUUGUGUAUGUUGCACCAACAAAGGCUCUUGUUAAUCAAGUGGCAGCAACGGUUCAAAAUCGUUACACCAAAAUUCUGCCAGCCGGUGAAGCUCUGUGCGGUGUUUUCACUAGAGAUUAUCGUCAUGAUGCCCUGAACUGCCAGGUGCUUAUUACCGUGCCUGCCUGCUUUGAAAUUCUGCUACUUGCUCCUCAUCGCCAAAACUGGGUACAUUGUCUUGGUGGAGAAAUUGGAGCAGAAAUCUGGGAGCAUCUCCUUGUCAUGAUCCGAUGUCCUUUUUUGGCCCUUUCAGCUACCAUAAGCAACCCUCAACAUCUUACUGAGUGGCUCCAGUCAGUAAAGAGGUACUGGAAACAAGUGGACAGUGCAAUGGGAAAAGGAACUUUUUCCAAAAGAAAUGCUGGCUCCCACGGCCGUCAUCACAAAGACGAAGUGCGAGCUAGACAGUCAUACAAAGUUAGACUUGUGCUCUAUGGAGAGAGAUACAAUGAUCUAGAGAAGUAUCUGUGUUCUGUGAGACAAGAUGAGGUUUGCUUUGAUCAUUUUCAUCCAUGUGCUUCACUAACCACAGAUCACAUUGAAAAGUAUGGAUUCCCUUCUGACCUUGCCUUUUCAUCUCGAGAAAGCAUUCAGCUCUAUGACACUAUGCUUCAGGUCUGGAAGAGUUGGCCUCAGGCCCAGAACCUGUGUCCAGAGAACUUUGCUCAUUUUAAGAACAAAAUAGUCAUUAAGAAAUUGGAUGCUAGAAAAUAUGAGGAGAGCUUAAAGGAAGAAUUCACGAAUUGGAUUAAAAACGGCAACGAGGAGCAGGCCAGGAUGGUGCUGCAGAAACUGAGUCCCGAUUUCCAUGACUACUCAGGGCGUAUGCUGGACUUCUUUCCGAAUCUUGUUGAGAAGCUCAGGGAAAUGGAGAAGUUGCCUGCACUGUUCUUUUUAUUUAGUUUAGAGUCUGUAGAAGGAUGUGCUAAGGCUGCUUGGAAAUUCCUAAAGAACAAAGAGGUGGAGGAAAGGCCUCCCAAUGCUGAUAAAGAAGCUCUUGCCAUGAUUAACAAACUUCAAAAAGUUCAAAAGUCUUUGGAGAAACGAAAGAUAAAAGAUGAGAAACCCUCCAGAAGAUUGGAUGAACACAUCAUGUAUCAAGCUGAACGCAAUUACCUACUGAAGAGUCUGGAGAAGAAUCUGGCGAUUCCCAAGGAUUGCACAUAUGCUGAUCAAAAAGCAAUAGACAAUGAGUCAUUACAGAUGGUGUUCAAGCGUGUGACAUUCGAAAGGAAAGGUGCCAUACUGAAGAUUUUGGCAAGAAAGGGCAUUGGCUAUCAUCAUAGCUCCAUGAGUGCCAAAGAAAAGCAGCUAGUUGAAAUUCUCUUUAGGAAAGGAUUCAUUAGGGUGGUGACAGCUACUGGAACACUUGCUUUAGGAAUCAACAUGCCUUGUAAAUCUGUGGUUUUUGCUCAGAACUCUGUCUAUCUGGAUGCUUUAAAUUUCAGACAGAUGUCUGGUCGUGCUGGAAGACGAAGGCAAGACCUUAUGGGUGAUGUCUACUUCUUUAAUAUUCCACUGCCUAAAAUAAAGAAACUCAUAAAAUCCAAAGUACCCGAGCUGAGAGGACAGUUUCCUCUCAGUAUCUCACUCAUUCUAAGACUCAUGCUGCUGGCCUCCAAGGCAGAUGACCCAGAGGACGGCAAGGCAAAGGCACUGUCAGUGCUGAAGCACUCAUUGCUAUCCUUCAAACAUCCCCGAGUCACAGACAUGUUAAAGCUGUACUUCUUAUAUUCUUUGCAGUUCCUGGUGAAAGAGGGAUAUAUAGAUCAAGAAGGUAAUCCAACAGGGUUUGCUGGCCUGGUGUCACAUUUACAUUACCAUGAACCAUCCAAUCUUGUUUUUGUCAGUUUUCUUGUGAGAGGUCUUUUUCAUAAACUUUGUCAGCCAACUCAUAAAGGCUCAAAAUGUUUUUCUGAAGAUGUAAUGGAAAAGCUGGUUUUAGUAUUAGCAAAUCUUUUUGGAAGAAGAUAUAUUCCUGCCAAGUUCCAAGAUGCUAACUUCAAAUUUUAUCAAUCAAAGGUGUUCCUUGAUGACCUCCCUGAGGACUUUAGUGCUGCCCUGCAUGAGUACAACAUGCAAGUGACAGAGGACUUUGCUACUUUUCUGCUAAUUGUGUCCCAAUUGGCUGAUAAGAAACAGGAAUAUCAACUCCCCUUGUCAAAAAUUGACUUCACAGGUGAAGAAUGUGAAGAUUCACCACUUGUGUCCCACUUGAUGAGCUGCGGGGAAGGCCGGGUGGCAGUUUCGCCAUUUGUCUGUCUGUCUGGAAACUUUGACGUGGAUUUGCUCUGUCCAGGAGUUCCAAAUAACGUCAUUCUGCACACAAUUGGUAUCAAUCACAAUCAAGUCCCAGUUCUGUGGCCACAUAGACUGGAUAGUAGAGGAAGAAAAAUGCCACUUAACGCCUAUGCUCUGGACUUUUAUAAGCAUGGAUCCCUUGUGGGGUUAGACCAGGACAAUAGGUUACAUCAAGGGGCAGCUUACCAGUUGUUGAAAGAUUUUUCCCUUACCAUUAAAUCUAUCAGUGUCUCCUUGCGUGAACUCUGUGAAAAUGAAGAAGACAACGUUGUUCUAGCAUUUGAACAAUUGUCUAAGUCCUUUCAGGAGAAGUUUGAAAACGUGUGAAAAGAAAAACUAUGUAAACCACUUAAAAUAUCACCAGAGAAGCUUUGCAAGUUAUAUAUAUUUUAUUCUUAUGUCUUAAUCAGAAAAUCAUGCACAAUGAAAUGGGAUGAGGAAGUAGUUUGGAGUUAAAGACAUCAAACUUGUUGGGCUUGGCUUUGAGCACUCUGGGCCAUACUACUUCAUGUGCCUAAGUCUUGGUUUCUUUAAAUGAUUGACUAAAAAUGCUUAUGUCUCCAAAUUAUUAAUGAUUGAGUGAGAAAAUGCAGAAUUUUGCACAUAUAUGUUUGAAGAUGUUUUUCCACUCUGUAGGACCCCAAAAUAUUGUAUUUUAAUAUUUUCACUGUAUAUAUAUAUAUAUAAAGUUUAUUGAAACUAGAAAAGAAUUGAUUACAGUAUCUUGAAAGUAUAUUCUUCCCAAUCAACCUAAAGGGAUUGUACUGAUUAGAUUGCUAGCUAUUGAAAUAGUACAUCUUAAUAAAUAAGCUAAUUAUAAAAAAAGAAUGUUUUCAUUCAAUUUUUAAAAGGAAACAUAUAGCUAAUGUUUUGCUUCAUUUUAAUUGUAUAUAAAUGACUGCUGAAAUAAAGACUUCAUUGGUUU